GCCUUGGCUGGGGGUGGUGCGGUGCGGCCUCCCCUGCGUCAGAUCAGCGCCAAUCAGUUUAUAUUAAGGUCGUCGCCGUGAGGGUGUGCUAGCAGGGUCCGCCGGGCUGUUCGCUGAGGAACCAUGAAUUCUUCGUGUUUGUGGAUGAAUUUACUCAGACAGCACAAGUAUAAGGGAGUUGGAGCAAUGAUGAGGGGCCAUGGGGUGCGCUUUGCCUCAUUAAUGCAUCAACAAUGUUAUAUCGGAGGUCAGUGGGUACCUGCAGCAAGUGGCAAGAUGUUCCCUGUUGAGAACCCAGCCAAUGGCAAGGUGGUGUGCAAUGUGCCAGACAUGGUGGAGCAGGAUGUCCAGGCAGCCAUAGAUGCUGCCCACACAGCCUUCCAGACCUGGAAGAAGACAACAGCCAAGGAGCGAUCAAACUUCUUGCGCAAGUGGUACAACCUGAUGGAGGAACACAAGGAGGAACUGGCAUGCCUUCUUACAGCAGAGGCAGGCAAACCCCUGGCUGAGGCACGGGGCGAGAUGAUGUAUGGCAACUCCUUCCUUGAAUGGUUUUCUGAAGAGGCCAGAAGGGUAUAUGGGGAGGUGGCCCAAAGCCCAACAACUAGCAAGGAGAUGGUCUUCAUCCGGCAACCCAUUGGUGUGGUUUCAGCAAUCACCCCGUGGAAUUUUCCAAUAGCUAUGAUAACACGCAAAGUUGGAGCGGCUCUGGCUGCUGGUUGCACGUGUGUCAUCAAGCCAGCUGAGGACACCCCACUUACUGCUUUGGCUGCCGUUGACCUAGCUGAGAAAGCUGGAAUCCCUCCUGGUGUGGUGAAUGUCGUGACAGCUUCUCGUGCCAACACUCCUGCAGUGGGCAACCUGAUGUGCACCAGCCCUAAGGUGGCUGGUGUCUCCUUCACAGGAUCAACUGCCGUAGGGAAGCUACUGUACAAGCAGUGUGCACAGGGAAUAAAGCGUAUUGGUCUGGAGUUGGGAGGCAAUGCACCAUUCAUUGUUUUUGAUCAAGCAAAUCUCAAGGCUGCAAUUGAUGGUCUCAUCAUAGCUAAAUUCAGAAAUGCAGGGCAGACCUGUAUCAGUGCCAACAGGGUGCUGGUGCAGGCUGGGGUGUAUGAGCAGUUCUUGGCUCUGAUGAAGGAGACUGUUGAGCAGCGCUUGGUGGUUGGGGAUGGUAUGGAUGAGGGAGUCAAUGUGGGUCCACUCAUCAAUGCCAGUCAGCUCAAAAAGGUUCAGAAGUUGGUGAAUGACACUGUGGAGCAAGGAGCCCAAUUGGUAGUGGGAGGCUCAGUGCACCCUGCAGGGGAACUUUUCUUCCAGCCCACCAUCCUGACAGGGGUGACUGAUGACAUGGUCUGUGCAAAGGAAGAGAUAUUUGGGCCUGUCAUUGCUGUUCAAAAGUUCCAGACAGAGGAAGAAGCUAUGGAAAUUGCUAAUUCUACUCAAAAUGGACUGGCCAGUUAUUUCUACAGUCAGGAUGUUUCUCAGGUGUGGCGUGUGGCACGGAGCCUGGAAGCAGGCAUGGUUGGCAUCAAUGAAGGCCUCAUUAGUGCAGCUGAGGGUGCUUUUGGAGGUAUUAAGGAAUCAGGCAUAGGAAGAGAAGGUUCCAGGCAUGGCAUUGAUGACUACACUUAUAUCAAGUAUCUCUGUUUUGGAGGGAUUAACUAGCCCUGCCCUUAUUGACCACCAACACAAGAUUCCUUCAUGAGACUAUUUUCUAAAUCUGCAUGGUAUGAUGUAGUCAUAAGUCAAAUAAUUGAAUAUAGACAAUUUUCCUUUAAUUUUGUUUAAUUUCAAGUAUAGUUAACAGAUGGCCUAGUUACUGUUAUUAUAUCCAGUUUGCUUUACACUCACAUAGUUAUGUACAGCGGUGCACUGAACUUAGCGCUAAUCAGUAUUACAACAAAAAUGUGGGAAACCUUUUUUCAUGAAAGUUGGUGCAUUGAUGUCCAGGGUAAAAGGGUAACUGGUACUGUGUUCAUCCAAAAACUUGUCCAAAUGCCCUGUUUCCAAUAAAUGAACUAACUGAAGGCACCUGAAAUCUAAACAAAAACCAUACAUUGCAUUCAUUAACAAAAUAGAAAGAGGAAAAGCCUUAAGCUGGCAUCACAUUGUACCUUCAUUUCACUUGCUGACUGCCAAACACCAAGUAUUUGCUGGCCUUAGGAUUAAUUUCAUGAAUGACUUGUUCUUCCCAUCUGGAGGAAGAGCAACUCAUCAGUAAUCCCCAAAAUAGGAAACAAAGGGUAUGUACUAUGACUGGGUGAGUAGAGUGGUAUUUCUCUCAUCAAGAAGGUUUUAUAUAAAGAGUCAAGCACUGUUUCACAGAGUUAUACAGCCCCUAUUAUGAGCCAGAAAUUAAUGCAUAUGCAAGUAUGUUUAGCCAUCUAAAGUUACCUUGAUUCACUCCUGCUGAAAUUGUUCAUGUGGCUCAUCCUGUUUAACCCAAAAUCAGCAAUGUUCUCAAAUCUCAUGUCUAUUUUAAUAUGGAAUGCCAUUUUUUAUGACAUGAGAUGAAAGUGUGUUUCUUAUCUUCCCCAUCAUUAAUUUUGUACCUAUAACACAGGGUAAAUUCUGCACUUGUAUGCCUGUCUUUGUGUUUAUCUGCCUGUUAGUAAGUCAUUCCAUGUGUGUGUGUGUGUGUGCAUUCUGGCGUGUAUGUGUGUAUGCGUGUGGGCAGGCAACCAGGCAGGUCAGUCUGUCUGUUCUUGCUCUCAUGCAUAGUUUUGUGCCAUAGUCCAAUAAUAUUAUCCCAUACAGGUAUUAUGCUGUAAUACUAGGUAAAUACAUCCUUUGAGUUGCAGCUAUGUAGCUUUUGUGUAUGUAAAUUUAUAUUGUCUUGGUUGAUUGCCUUAUGGUUGUUUUUAGUAUAUUUAGCUAUGUUACAGAGCCUACACAGUAUCAGACUGGGUUCACUGUGGCCUUCUUUCCAAGAUUAUGAAAACUUGAAGAGGGAAGUCACAGAUAGGUAAUUAGUGUCUGUGGAUGGGUAAGGGCAUGAGGUUCUCUGGAUUUGUUAAUGAAAUUAGUUUUCUAAACUUUGGAUUACAUGUAACAAUAAUCAAAUGUGAAUGAAGGUUAACCUCACUAAUAGUACCAACAUGGCAUUGGUUAGACACUAAAAAUUAAAGAGGAAUGAACACACACAUAUAAAAAACAUUUAGAAAAUCCUCUGCUGGUAAGAGAGGAUUUUUUAAAUGUUUUAUGUGUGGUAACACAUAUAAAAAAAAAACAGUAUAAAAAAACACAGGUAACCUCUAUCUCCAUACUUCACCCCCGUACUCCAAUUACUCAUGUUCCACCCCUCAUCCAACAUUACCGAUUGUUUUCUUAUUAGGAACAGGAUGGAAGGCAUGAGGGUUGGUUAAAGUCCUGUGAUCCCACUAACCCCUGAUUACAUAGACAUUCCCUAUCGCAGGACAAAAGUUGAUUUUUGGGGGUAGGAGAGGCUCAAUGACUUACCCAUCAAAAGCCUAAUUGAACCACUACUCCUAUUAGCAAGGACCAAUGAGUCUGAGAACAUUCCAGGGGUGAUACCUGCUUCAGCUGUUCUCCCCUUAAUUCGUGCAUUACACAGGGAAACUGUGGCCUUACAGCAAAGAUUCCUUGGACUGAGGCAAGGCAAGUUUUUGUUCAAUAAAGUCUGUAAAAUUUUG